AGUAGUUCAGGUGUAGUGUAUGUAUGCCCUACGCAGUAAUAGUUGAAACCUCGGUUCAUGAUCAGCCACCACCUUUGGCCAUGUCUGCCCUGCUUCGAACAUGCCGUGCUGCGAUGAACGAAACGAUACGCGUAAUCUCCCCACAUCAUGUUUCCAAUUUCAGAAACAGACGAUCAUUGAGGCGAAGAACGUGGAAACUUCUCAUACCCCGCGGUUCAUAAUGUUUCGGCAGUCAACCUCAGAGGGUAGCUCUGCAUACCAGCCACAACGCUUCUUGAACGCCAUUCGUCCAUCACACUGCGAUCUUCCAGCUGAGUUUCAGCAAAAGAGCGCUCGCUCAACCUGUCAAACCUUGACAGGCAUCUCGAAACUGUUCCCGCCGGAAGUUGACCAUUCCAUUCUUGCAGUCAGCCGCCGAACCUCGGAACGCAGUUCUGUUGUCGCUGCUAUCGAUUGGCAUCCUCCAUUACUUCUGCCCUUCAUAUGGGCUAUUGCGAAGGACCAAGUGGCUGGUAGCUCGACCUAUUGCAUCAGAAGCUGGUCUUCGGUCGAUAGAUCGACCAAAAUCGUAGAGGUAAGGUUUCAAUACGAGUAUUUCCCAUUCGCGCAU